AUGUCUUUCUUCCCGGCCUUUCCCCUCUCUUCCUCAGUCCCUCGACAGAAUACCCAGGAGGAGCGCUGGCCCGCCACGGUGUUGUACGCCAUCAUCAAGGAGGUGCCUCUGCGGCGCUGGAAGGAGUUCCUGCGUCUGCUCUCCGUGCCCGACCGGCAGCUGGAGCGUGUGGAGCUGGAGCCAGGCAUAGGCUCCAUGGAAAGGCAGUACCAAAUGCUGAGGCUGUGGAGCCAGGGCCCGGCUGCAGGCCUGGGGGAUGUCUACUCUGCUCUGCGCUACAUGGACCUGGCCGGCUGUGCCCACCAGCUGCAGGACAGCCUGGAGCAGCUGCAAGCACUGCAGUCGAGAGCCACAACCGUUGACUUCACCGCAGAGAACCAUGGAGUCUGGAAGCUUACUUAG